AUGAUAGGAAUGCUGGAGAGUCUACGGAAACUGAAUCUCAGUGGUAACAAACUCGAGACACUACCACAUAAGAUAGGAAACCUGAAGCUUUUAGAGAUACUAGAUCUCCGUAAUAAUGAAUUCGAAACACUACCACCAGAGAUAGGAAACCUGAAGGAACUAAGUAUAUUGCAUCUCAAUGAUAACAAAUUUGAGAUACUACCAUCUGAGAUAGGAAAGCUGAAGAAUUUAGAGGUACUGUAUCUCAAUGGUAACAAAUUUGAGACACUACCAUCUGAGAUAGAAAAGCUGAAAUAUCUACGAGAACUGGAUCUAAAAGAUAACAAUCUCGAGACACUACCGGAUACUAUAGGAGAACUGAAGAAUCUGCAAAAACUGGAUCUCCGUAAUAACAAAUUUGUGACACUGACUGGCACAAUAAGAAAGUUGUCGGAUUCAUUGGAAAUUCUGGAUUUAAGAGGCAAUAACAUUUCUGAAGUUGGAGAUGGAGAAAAGACUCUGGGUAAAAAAGAGCUGGGAGAAAUAUUUGGAGAUCGUGUCAAGCUUGAUGAGGAUGUCUCACAAUGGUCUUUGUGGGAAUAUCUUGCAGGGUUCUUUGUGAAUUUAUUGUAA